AUGAAAGGAUUUUACGUCCUAUUUCUUUUAAUCACAUCACUUCACAAAGCCCAGGGAUUGUGGCCCUUUGAUAGUGAAACUACUACAUCAGGCUCAAAUGGUUCAACUGGUACUGAGAUACCAGCUUCAUCAUCAGAAAGUGAAGGAUAUUUUCAAUCAUUAAUUGGAGGUUUCAUUGGUGGGUCAAGUGGGUCGAGUACAGAAACUGGAGCUGCUUCAACAGAUGAUUCAAAUCCGUAUGCUCCUUAUAACACUACUUGUCCUUCUGGAUCUCUAAUCAGAGGUUCUAAUGGAAUAUCAGAUCAAGAGAAAAAUUAUGUACGAAAUAGACAAGAAAUUACCAAUAAGAAUUUGAUUAAUUUUUUGAAAAAAGCAAAUUUGACUGAUUUUGAUCCUGAAAGUUUUGUAAAUGAUAAUUCUAAUGAUCAUAAUAUUACUAUUGGACUAGCAUUUAGUGGAGGUGGAUAUAGAGCUAUGCUUUGUGGUGCAGGACAAUUAUUAGCAACUGAUGAUAGAUUCGAUGAUUCAAACGAUCAUGGAGUCGGUGGAUUAUUACAAUCAUCUACUUAUUUGACAGGAUUAUCUGGAGGAAACUGGCUAGUAGGAAGUCUAGUUAUGAAUAAUUGGAUAUCUGUGGCUGAUAUUUUUAAUGGAAGUUCUCAAAUUUGGCAACUAGAAGAUUCAAUAUUGAAUCCAAGUGGAAUUAGAAUUGAUAAAACUAUAUCAUAUUACUAUGGGUUAAGACAAGCUGUAUUAGCUAAAGAUAAUGCUGGAUUUGAUACAACUAUUACUGACAUUUGGGGUAGAGCUUUAAGUCAUCAAUUUUUCGAAGAUGAUAGUGGUGGAGAAAAUGUAACAUGGUCAAGUGUUCAAAACAUGUCUAAUUUUAAGAAUUAUGAAAUGCCUUAUUUUACAGUUAUUGCAAAUGCAAGAUUGCCGAAUACCGUGAUUAUCAAUGAGAAUAGUACCAUUGUUGAAAUUUCUGCAUAUGAUCUAGGAUCCUGGGAUAGAGCAUUAAGAUCAUUUGCUAAUGUUGAAUAUUUAGGAAGCACUGUUGAUGGUGGUACUCCAAACAAUACAGGUAUAUGUGUUAAAAAUUUUGAUAAUGCCGGAUUCAUCAUGGGAACUUCAUCCUCCCUUUUUAAUCAAAUAAUCUUGCAAUUGGGUGAUUAUGAUAUAAAUAGUAUUAUUAAAUCAGUGUUGACGGAUUUGCUAUCAACUUUAAGUUUUGCUGAAUGGGAUAUAGCAUCUUAUGAGCCAAAUCCGUUUUUUGGUGCAGAUCAUGGCGACUCUCAUUCCAUGGUCUCAAAUGAUACAUUAUAUUUAGUAGAUGGAGGUGAAGAUUUACAGAAUGUUCCAUUUUAUUCAUUAAUACAAAAUGCAAGAGAUGUUGAUGUCAUAUUUGCAUUUGAUAAUUCUGCCGACACAGAUCAGCUGUGGCCUAAUGGUACUUCAAUAAUGCAAACUUAUAAAAGACAAUUUUCGGUUUUAGGUAAGGGAACUCCUUUUCCAUUCACACCAGAUGUUGAUAGAUUUUUAGACGAGGAUUUAGGUUCAAAGCCAGUGUUUUUUGGUUGUAAUGCAUCAGAAUUGACUAAUUUGGUUGAUUGGCAUAAUAAUUCUAAUAUUAACACUACUGAUGUGCCUUUAGUUGUUUAUAUAUCAAAUCACUAUCAAUCUUACAUGUCAAAUUUUUCAACUUUCAAACUAUCAUAUCAAAAUGCUGAGAAAUGGGGAACCAUAAGAAAUGGGUUUGAAGUUAUGUCUAGAAAAAAUUUAACUGAAGAUGAAGAUUGGUUAGCAUGUGUUGGAUGUGCAAUUAUUAGAAGACAACAGGAAAGAUUUGGUGAAGAUCAAUCUGAUCAAUGUAAAAAAUGUUUUCAAGAUUAUUGUUGGACUGGUGGUGUGAGAGAAGCUGCUGCUGUCAACAGUGUUAGUGGAAUUAAUGAGAUAUCUGGAAUAUCAACUGCUUCUUCUACUACACAGCAAUCUUCAACAUCAUCAAGUUCUUCAGGGUCUUCUACUGUUGAUUCUUCAAGUACCACUUCAUCUACAAGUAAACAAAAUGCAGGGCAAUCAGUUGAACCAAUGACGUUAUUUUAUUUCAUCAAUAUUUUAUUUAGUUAUUUAAUUAUAUAG